ACUAAUACAAUAUGAACGGUCAAGGCGGUGGUCUCCUCCAAGCCUUAAAUGGCAUAUCCACCGCCAACUGUCGACUAUAUUUGGACUGUGGCCUUUGGUAUGACAGGAAUGCCUGCUGUGACAUUAAGGAAGAUAAUUCGGAGGCACGUGGACGCAAACAGCAACAGUGAGGGGUAAUAAAAGAAGUUGAAAGGGUUGGCAACUACCAAAUUCCUACAUACAUUAGUUGCACUGAAGCGGUCGGGUCAGAGGCGUGUGCUGGAGCAGAAUGCUCGUCAAGAGAGUGGUGUGAGGUCACCCGGCCAGGGUGAAAUGUGCUUCCGGUCCAAAUGAGCUCAACUAUGUGGUAUAUCAUGCAAAGCAUUCAAAGUAAAUAUUCGCUGUCCGAGCGGCUGAUUCGGACCAUUGCUGCCAUCCGCUCCUUUCCCCAUGACAAUGUUGAGGAUCUCAUACGCAAGGGGGCGGAUGUCAAUCGAAUGCAUGGCACGUUGAAGCCACUCCACUGUGCAUGCAUGGUGGCCGAUGCCGACUGUGUGGAGCUUCUGUUAGAGAAAGGAGCCGAGGUGAACGCCCUGGAUGGUUACAACCGCACGGCGCUGCACUACGCAGCGGAGAAGGACGAGAACUGCGUGGAGCUGCUGUUGGAGUAUGGUGCCCACCCGGACGCCCUGGACGGCAACAAGGACACGCCCCUACACUGGGCCGCCUUCAAGGACAACCCAGAGUGCGUACGCGCCCUGCUGGAGAGCGGUGCCUGCCCCAACGCACGCGACUACAACAGUGACACGCCGCUGAGCUGGGCUGCCAUGAAGGGCAACUUGGAGAGCGUGCGAGUGCUGCUUGAGUAUGGUGCCCAGGUGCACGUCACCAACCUGAAGGGCCAGACGCCCAUCUCGCGGCUGGUGGCGCUGCUGGCACGGGGGCUGGGCACCGAGCAAGAGGAGGAGUGCCUGGAUCUACUGUGCCGUGCCGCAGGCCUCUUCCAGAUCCGCCGCGCAGACGGCACGCUGCCACGCGAGCUCAGCAAGGAUCCGCAGUUGUUGGAGCGGCUCACCGGCAUGGUGUCGCACCCGCCCUCGCUGCGCGCCCUGGCACGCUGCGCCGUGCGACACAGCCUGGGCGUCCAGUACCUGCCCACCGCCGUCAAGCAGCUGCCCCUGCCCGAGUCCGUCAAAGAGUAUGUGCUGCUCAGGGACUGACCUGACCUGGUCUGGCAGCCCUCCUGGGUGGAGGAGGGGUUGGCGUCAUUAGUGAGUGGGUGGGUGGGCAAAGAGUGCUCAUAGUGCAGUGGUGUCAAGGAGGGAAGUGGUGGUGCUUGUACAAAACUGAAAAAAAAGAGUCUAUUGUUAAUUUCUUUUUUUGUUGUGUUGAAAUAGUGUGAUUGCAAGUGUAUGUGUCUAGUCCACUGUAUGUAUGUCUUCAUGAUGAGUCAUUUGUCAAGUGUUUCCAGCUUCAAUUCUCCUGACAUCAUGUGCGAUUCUGUCUUGGUCCAGAUUGCAAUUGUGUAUAAGGUGUAAUGUGGAGGUAUGUAUGCAGAAUUAGGCCUAUUACUUGAUAUAAAGCAGGAGAGCUGCUGAUUUGGUGGUGGAAAUUCCACUAAACAAAUGAAAUGGAAAUUCACUAAACAAAAUGGGACAUCUUUACCAGCCACACAUACACAAAUAGCAAAAUUCACCAGCUAGUCGACAGCAAAUUUCACUAACCUCUUUCAUAUUUGAUUUUACACCCAUUUGUUAUGUGGCUGGUGCCAAGGUUCCAUGGACACACAUAGGAGAAGUAGAGUUUGGUUUUAUGUUAAAGAAGCACACACAAACGGCAAACUAUUUGCUAUUUUAAAUGGUGCAGACAGUAUAUGACUUAAUAUAACAGAAUCACUUAUUUUUUAUCAUGUUUUGAGUUAGCACUUGAAUUAAUUACUUGCAAAUGCUUGUAAUUUAAAUAUGUAAACAUUUGUUUUGUAUAUAUAUACAUAUAUAUAUAUCACAGAUCAUUUGUCAAUUUUAUUUAAGGUAAUUGCUCUGUAAGCAUGCGUGAUGUCUAAGGGUUUCAUAAAUUUUAUUAUUUUUUUCUGUUAAUAUUUUAGUAAUGUUAAUGACUUUUUCUGGUGCUUGUAGGAACUCUUAACGUUUCUGUCAGUGUAAAAACUUGCAUUCUUUUCUUUUUUCCUUUUCUUCUGUGAUGAUGCACAGAUUUGAGGAAUGGCAUGGUUCGCCUUUGUGAAAAAACUUAAAUAAUGUAGACGGAUAUGGCUUUUUAUUUUUAGCAUUUGACGAACCUAACCUCAGACACCUUUUUGCUUUCCUUGCUGCAUCUGUUCUCUCUGUUAAGUGGGCUAUUGGCAGUUUAUGUUUGUAUGAGAACUUAGUCUAAGCAUUUGAUAUGACUUCAUGGUAACUUUUGUGAAGUACAAAAAAUGACAAAUGUACAGUCAACCCAAAAGUGCUUUCUUCUUUUCUUAUACAGAGAGUAAAAGUCUUUCCACUUGUCAUAAACUA